AUGGACACCUUCUACCAGAAGGAGACCUCAAAGUUGCUGAAAGGCUUGCAGGAAGAUUGCCGCGUGAAGCCACAGGUGAUCAUUGUGGGAGCCACACGCACUGGUGCCGUCUCGGCCUUCCUCAGGAGGCACAUGAACCAGACGGAGGUGAUGCCUGUGGUCACCACCGAUGCACAUGUGCCACCGAAGCAUUUGGAACAGGUCUUUGUCCCGACGAAGGGCAAGCGGCUCUUGUCGGUGCUCUACGAGGUGCUGGGCGAGGUACCAACCGUUGGAAAGAAGACCCUGAUCUUCACCAACCGGCUGCCCACCUGCAAAAUGGUCUUCCGAAGCCUACAGGAGCACGGCUUGGAGGUCUGUGCACUGCAUGGGAAGGUGCAUCCGGACAAACGCAAGGAAGCCUAUGAGGCCUUCCAAGGAACAGGCAAGGACGUGAUGGUGUGCACCAACCUGGCCUCCAGGGGCCUGGAUUUCAGCAAUGUUCAUCAUGUGGUGAUGUACGACUUCCCCUUAAACAUGGCCGACUACCUGCACCGCGUGGGGCGCACCGCGCGGGGAGGCCGUGCUGGGCGGGUGACCACCAUCACACCGCGGCGCUACUGGCCCUUCGUGGCGAAGAUUCAGGAGGCGACGAAGGAAGGCAAAGCCAUUGAGGUUCGGAACAUGUCCAGAAAAGUGAAGAAAAUCCUGGCCAUCGAGAAUUUCCAGAAGGUGAUCCAAUCCAAUACAGUGGACAAGAGCGUGAAGGCCAAGCUCAAGAAGCGCUUGGGGCUUCCGCCGGCGCGCAACAUCGGGUCCAAAGAGACCAAGGCCGCCAUGAAGCGCUUGGAUCGAAGGAUGAAAGCCAUCAAGGAGCUUCGCUUCCUCUGGAAACGCGGCAUCCUGAAACGGGGCCAAAAGAUUCCCUCCAUGCCGGACAAGCAGGUGGAGCUCUCCGAGAGUCAGACCGUCUCCACCAUGGUCCGCGCCCGCGACGGUCUCCUGCAGCUGCUGCCGCGACGCCGCGUGGCGCCCAAGGCCGACACUGCGCUGGCCGCGCCCAACGCGCAGGGCACGGUGAGCUUCGGCGGCCUCGGGGGACGCGCGGUGGACGCGCCCGGGACCAAUCGAAGGAGGUUCAAUCGCGAGCCUUGCGAUCGAUUGAUUUACUUUCUCAAGGAGUUCUUCAAUCCUGAAGAUCCUGGCCCAGAGCCCAUGUACUCUUUGGCGAUUGAGGAGGGCAUCAAUGGGGCACGCUUGUCGCAUCCCCAUAGUCGGCAGUACACCUUCGUCCUGCAGUCCAUGACCCUCUGGCGCGAGGUUUUGGAUAACAUGUUUCAGUUGUGGCACAUGGCCGAAGAGGAUUUGUUGGAUGAUGAGCAGCAAUAUCAGUUGGCAGACACCGGGCAAGGAUACCAACGAGUGCAGAAAUCCGUGCGCAGCGUGGUAGCCAUGCAGAAGAUCUUAGCGGAUGUGCAGCGAAAAGUGGGAGGCUGGGUUGGUUCCAGCAUCGUCCACCUCGGUGAUCACAAUGUGCCCAACGCCCUAAUGUUCAUCGACAAGUACAUCCAGGUACCCCGCUUCCUCGGGCCCCUGGUCUUGACCUUGGACAAGAUCCCGGAGCUCAGCCGAAGUACGGCGGGCAUGAAGGUUUACAUCGAAUCCUUUGGAGGUGUGAGGCGGUUGCAAAAGCUUAUCUUGGCGGACUUCUUUCGGCACGCCUUCGACGGCAGCGGCGCCGAUAACUUCUUCGAUGCAGGCGACGGCCGGACAGGAGCGAUGUAA